CCCUCCCCCUUCCCGGAGCCCCGAGGGGCCGGAGCUCCUGGCGGUGCCGGAUCCUGACGGCGGCCUUUCCCCGGGAGCGAGGGGACUGAGGAGAAACCGUCUCAAAUGUCCUUCCGGGGCGCCAAGGCCCCCAGUGAAGAAUAAAGCUGGUUGACACCGGAUGUGUUUCCUCCCAGGCUAAGUCCACCUUCCGGCCCGGCCGCCGCUACCGCGGAAGCCUCAGCCCCGGUUUUCUGGGUCGAUUUUGACCAUGGCUGCUGAGUCUGAUGUUCUCCACUUCCAGUUUGAACAACAAGGAGAUGUGGUCUUGCAGAAAAUGAAUCUCUUGAGGCAGCAGAAUUUAUUUUGUGAUGUAUCAAUAUAUAUUAAUGACACCGAGUUCCAGGGUCACAAGGUGAUAUUGGCUGCUUGUUCCACUUUCAUGAGAGAUCAGUUUUUACUCACACAAUCAAAACAUGUCAGAAUCACCAUUCUGCAGAGUGCAGAAGUUGGCAGAAAAUUGUUGCUCUCUUGCUACACUGGAGCACUUGAAGUAAAAAGAAAAGAGCUUUUGAAAUACUUGACUGCUGCCAGUUACCUUCAGAUGGUUCACAUUGUGGAAAAGUGCACAGAAGCUUUGUCAAAGUAUCUGGAAAUUGAUCUAGCUAUGAAAAACAACCAACACACUGACCUUUGUCAGUCUUCUGAUCCAGAUGUGAAGAAUGAAGAAGAAAAUUCUGAGAAAGACUGUGAGAUAAUUGAAAUUUCAGAAGAUAGCCCCAUAAACAUAGAUUUCCAUGUUAAGGAAGAGGAAAACAAUGUGUUACAGGCCACAGUAGAGAGCUUGACAUCUGAGAGCAAGGAAAUGAAGUCACCAGAGCUGUCCCCAGUAGAUAUAGGUUUUAAAGACAAUGAAAUUUGUAUCCUCCAUGUAGAAUCUAUCAGUACAGCUGGUGGAGAAAAUGAGCAGUUUUCACAGCCUUGUACCUCAUCAAAAGGAAGCAUGUAUUUCUCUGAAACACAGCAUUCAUUGAUCAAUUCUACUGUGGAGAGCAGAGUAGCAGAAGUUCCUGGGAAUCAAGGCCAGGGUUUAUUUUGUGAGAAUACUGAUGAAAGUCAUGGUACAGCAAAUGAGAUUCAGAACCUGGAGGAAAGUUACUCACUGAGGCACCAGUGUCCCAGGUGUCCUCGAGGGUUUCUUCACGUUGAAAACUAUCUACGCCACCUUAAGAUGCAUAAAUUGUUCUUGUGCUUACAAUGUGGGAAAACGUUUACACAGAAGAAAAAUCUUAACCGGCACAUACGAGGGCACAUGGGCAUUCGGCCCUUUCAGUGUACCGUGUGCUUGAAGACCUUUACUGCAAAAAGCACACUUCAGGACCACUUGAACAUACACAGUGGGGAUCGGCCAUACAAAUGCCAUUGUUGUGAUAUGGAUUUCAAGCACAAAUCUGCUCUCAAAAAGCAUUUAACCUCUGUUCAUGGCAGAAGCAGUGGUGAAAAAUUACCUAGGCCUGAUCUUAAAAGGCAAAAUCUACUAUAAUUGGAAUCAUGGACUUCCUUGAUAAACUUUGUAUCAUUCUCAUAGACUUUAGAAAUGCAGUAUUUGUAAUGUUUUGUCAUCCCUACCCCCUGCCUUUCUAGGUUUUAUUUUUUAGGUCUGCCUACACAUGUUAUUCUUUCUGAACUUUUCAAAGUUCCAGAAAAUUUUGAGAGGCACGAUAAAGCUAUGGGACUCUGCCUUAUCUUGUACAUUAUAUAUAUGUUCCAGUGGUACACUUUGAGAAAAAGUAUUCUAUUCAAAUAUUCUUGAUUCUGACGACAGAGGUAUUUGCAGUAUUUGCAGAUUCUGAUUUGUAGUCUCUAGAUAAUUGACUUAAGUGUUAAACCCAACUAUAUCUUAACUUUAAUGAAUUAGAAUGAUGAGGAAAUAAAUUUUAAGAUGUACUAUUAUUCAUUCAUUAAUAGUCUGGGGAUUAAUUAAUUAAUUCCCUGGGGAUCGAACCCAGGGCCUUGUGCUUACAAGCCAAGCACUCUACCGACUGAGCUAUCUCCCCAGCCCCACUAGUCAUUUUAAGAACAGGUAUGACUAGGAAAAUUUUUUUCUUUUCUAGCCAAUGCUCCUGGAUCUAAGCUAAACAAACACCAAAAUACCUAUUAUUUUAAAUUAUAAAGGAACACAAUUCAGAUUUACUUUGGAAUAGAACUCUCUUAGAAAAAGUUAAAUUACUUAAAAUGCUUUUUAUUAGUUUUUUAUUUCUUUUUAUUAGUUUUCAUUAUAUGUAUUUUAGAAUUAUUAACUAGACUCUUGAAUUUACUUAAUACAGUUGAAUUAAUUUUGUGGCCAAAAAAUUAAAUGAUUGGCAUGAAGGUAUGAAAAAUACUUAUCUUUGAAAUUCUGACUUUAUCAAAGAUAUUUGUUCUUCUCUUUUUAAACUGUUCUUAAGU